AUGCCUGCGUGGAGCCUAGUAACGUUUACAACAAUUUUUCUAGCAGUAGCACAACAAGAGUAUAUAGAAGAUGCCGAGAGCAUAUUUUGCAAGAUGCCAUGUUGGGAUCUUCCAUGCUGGAAUGGUAUGUUGUCAGUAUAUGCCCGAAGUGGGCAUUUGCAAAAGGCUGAAGAUUUAUUUGAAAGAAUGCCGCACGGACAUUCCUCGUGGAAUAUAUAUCUCGCACUGUAUGCUCAGCAUGGAUCACUCGAACACACAGUAUUCGUCUUUACUCAUAAGAUGCCACACUGGGAUUUGGUUUCAUGGACAUCUAUGCUAAUAGCUUACGUCCGCUUUGGGGAAUUGGAAGAAGCAAGACGAAUCUUUGAUUCCAUGAAAACUAGAGACUUAGUCUCCUUUACAGUUAUUCUUACGGCAUAUGCCGAGAAUGGGAAUCUUGAAAAUGCUAGGAAGCUGUUUGAGAGUAUGCCACAAAGAGAUCUUAUCAGCUACAACGCCAUGAUCUUCGCAAAUGCCCGUUUUGGGAAUAUUUUUAAUGCAAACAUUCUAUUUCGUGAAAUGCCUUGUAAAGAUAUUGUAAGCUGUACAACCAUGGUGGUAGCAUAUGCCCAAGUUGGGAAUCAUUCGGCGGCUAAAGCUAUUUUCGACAAGAUGCCCGUAGCAAGCCUCAUCGUGUGGAACGCGAUGCUCUUGGCAUAUGCCCGGAGCGGGAAUAUCCCCGAGGCUUGCCGCUUCUUCGAUGAAAUGGAUGCAAAAGAUUCCGUGUCAUGGACGACCUUGCUGUGGGCAUUUGCAAAGAGUGGAGAUACAACAAAUGCCAAAGCUUUGUUUGAGAAUAUUCCAGGUCCGUGUAAAAAUGCGGUCUCCUGGACCAUACUGUUGACCAUGUAUGGCAAGCACGGUCACUUUGAACGGGCCAAGACUGCGUUUGACCAAAUGCCCGUGAGAACGUUGACCGCGUGGAACACCAUUUUAGCAAGCUAUGCCCAGAGAGGGCAUCUGAUCGAGGCGAAGUCACUCUUUUCUGGAAUGCCGGAUCGCAAUUUGGAGUCUUGGAACUCGAUGAUCUCUGCGUAUGCCCAAACCGGGCAUCUAGGCGAUGCUAAGAAACUCUUUGACAACUUGUUGAUCCGUGACACAGUGUCUUGGACUGCAAUGCUUGGCGCGUAUGCUCAAGAGGGGCAGCUCCAAACCGGCAAUUCGAUUUGA